AUGGAUAUCGAGAACGCGAUAUCCGGAGGGAAGUUGAAAGAGAAAGUGCUGGACGCCGAUGAUGCACAGCUAAUUGCUAUGGGGAAGAAACCAGAAUUGCAGCGGGUCUAUAACACUUGGACGCUUUGUGCCUACCAGGUUAUGAUAUCGGCCAGCUGGUCAUGCCUUAUUGUUUUAUAUUCGACUAUCUUUGAUGUUGGUGGACCGUUUGGUCUAGUAUGGGCAACUCUGAUUGUUUCUAUCGGCCAGACACUGCUGAUGACUUCAUUGGCGGAGUAUUGCAGCAUUUGGCCGACUGCCGGUGGGCAGCAAUACUAUACUCAAGCUCUUGCAACUGGUAGAUCAAGGCCGUUUCUAUCAUACCUUGUCGGAUGGGCCAUUAUGGUCGGCGAAAUAUCUACUGGGUCUAGCUGUGCGCUCAAUAGUGCCCAGAUAAUUGCCUCGUUUGUUCAAAUUGCCCACCCCAACAUAGAGUGGAAGUCCUGGAUGACUUGGCUACUUUAUACUGGACUUCUCAUUGGUCCGGUGAUCACGAACUUAAAUCAAAGAUGGCUUCCGGGUGUUAAUUUGUUUGGUGCAAUUUGGGUUGUUGGCGGCGGAGUCGCUUGGGCCAUUGUCUUCAUUGUGAUGGCGCCUAAGCACGAUGCAAAGGUCAUUUUCACCGAGUUUCUUAACAAUACGGGUUAUGAGAAUACCGGAUGGAAUGAUGCAUCUACACCUCAACCAUAUAUGAGCUGGUGGAUUGGUGUCACUGGAUCAUUAUAUGGCGGUGGUCUCUUCUGUGCACUUGUGAUGAUCGGUAUCAAUUUCUUCGUCAUCGUCGGCACUAACAAUGCUGGCUCAAGAAUUGUGUGGAGCAUGGCUCGCGACAAAGCAUUCCCGUACUCCGAAUAUUUAGCCCAAGUUAGCCCGAGGUUCGGUAUUCCCUUGCGUGCCAUUGGAUUUGUGGUGGUGGUUGAUCUAAUUCUUGGUCUUAUCGUCCUUGGGAGUGACCUUGCUUUUCAAUCCAUCAUUUCUGGCGGUGGCCUGAUGCUGCAGGUUAGCUAUCUGGUGCCUGUCGUCAUCGUUCUCGUCCGAGGGAGGAAAACUUUACCCCCACGUCCUCAUUUCGACCUCGGAAGAUGGGGCUACGCGAUAAACAUUUUUAGUAUUGGCGCUACUAUUCUGUUUCCGGGACUUUACUGGAUUUUUGGCGCUCGAUUUCGGUAUAUCAAAGAGCAAAACUCAGUUAUGGAAGACAAUGUCGUUGUCAUCGAUGGCGUUGCUAUAGCAGCACUGGAGGCUAUGAGAAGGAAUGAAGGUGCUCAGAUUGUUACAUCCAAGGAGUGA